CCACGUUUCAUGUUGUACUUGUACAUGUUCGUUUUAUGUUUGGCGAUGAGGCGUUUGUAACAAUAUUUAUUAAUUGUGUUUGGUUAUCGUACGUGUUCAGUGUAACUUGUCGGUUUGUGCGUUUCCUUUAAAUUUUAGAGGACGCGUUAAAUAGUAUAAAUGAUAUUAGUGUUUAAGAUCUACUGCGUGCAAUUACAGGUUAUAAAAAUAAAAUAAAUUCUGACAGCGUGGGUGUGUAUAUACUGUUUACUUUAGUAAAUUUAUAAUACAGUUAAACUUAUAGUAUACGUGAAACACCUUGUUAAGACUUAUCGCUACCACUGAAUCGCAAAUUUCACUUUUUAUUUCUUACCAUUGACCAGCUAGCCUAUUAGUUUUACUGAUCUAAUAAGUUAAUAAAUAAUAGUUUAAGUUUCAACUUUAAGCCUACGCCUGUCAUUUUUUAAGCCCAAAGUUACGUAGCACAGAGAAAAAAAUGCCACUGAAGUUAGAUGUGAAGCGAAAGUUGUUAGCACGAUCUGACAGAGUAAAGUCAGUUGACUUGCAUCCAAGUGAGCCAUGGAUGUUAGCAAGUUUGUAUAAUGGAAAUGUUCAUGUUUGGAAUCAUGAGACUCAGCAACUUGUAAAGUCAUUUGAAGUGUGCGAUCUACCUGUAAGAGCAGCAAAGUUUGUGCCAAGGAAAAACUGGAUCAUAACUGGCUCAGAUGACAUGCAGGUGCGAGUUUUUAACUACAAUACACUAGAGAGAGUGCACAUGUUUGAAGCACAUUCUGAUUACAUUCGAGCCAUAACAGUCCAUCCAACUCAGCCUUUCAUUCUGACAUCCAGUGAUGACAUGCUUAUCAAACUAUGGAACUGGGAGAAGCAGUGGGCAUGUACUCAAGUGUUUGAAGGACACACCCACUAUGUAAUGGAGAUAGUGAUUAAUCCAAAAGACAACAACACAUUUGCCAGUGCAUCAUUGGAUAGAACUGUGAAGGUUUGGCAGUUGGGUUCAAGCACUCCUAAUUUUACUUUAGAAGGGCAUGAGAAAGGAGUGAAUUGUGUUGACUAUUAUCAUGGUGGAGACAAGCCUUACCUAAUAUCUGGUGCAGAUGAUCGUUUGGUGAAGAUAUGGGAUUACCAAAAUAAGACUUGUGUCCAGACAUUGGAAGGUCAUGCACAGAACAUCUCUGCUGUGUCUUUCCAUCCUGAACUUCCCAUUAUCAUGACAGGUUCUGAAGAUGGUACUGUCCGUAUCUGGCAUGCAAACACCUAUCGCUUGGAGAGCACGCUGAACUAUGGAUUAGAAAGAGUCUGGACCAUUUCUUGUCUUCAAGGUUCCAACAAUGUUGCUUUAGGCUAUGAUGAGGGUAGCAUUAUUAUAAAGCUGGGCCGUGAAGAACCUGCAAUGUCUAUGGAUUCUUCUGGGAAGAUUAUCUGGGCUAAACACUCUGAGAUCCAGCAAGCUAAUCUAAAAGCAGUGGCUGAUACAGAAAUCAAAGAUGGUGAAAGGCUGCCACUUCAGGUGAAAGACAUGGGAAGCUGUGACAUUUAUCCACAGACAAUAUCACAUAACCCAAAUGGCAGGUUUGUUGUAGUUUGUGGAGAUGGAGAAUAUAUUAUUUAUACUGCAAUGGCUCUCCGAAACAAAAGUUUUGGAACAGCUCAGGAAUUUGUGUGGGCACUAGAUUCUUCGGAAUAUGCUGUCAGAGAGAAUAGUUCUUCUGUGAAAAUAUUCAAGAACUUUAAGGAAAGAAAGUCAUUCAAACCAGAGUAUGGAGCUGAAGGUAUAUUUGGUGGUCACAUGCUUGGAGUGAAAUCAGUCAGUGGACUAGCAUUCUAUGAAUGGGAAUCUUUAGAACUAGUGCGAAGAAUAGAAAUUCAGCCAAAGCAUGUUUAUUGGAGUGAGUCUGGUGAACUGAUCAGCAUUGCUACAGAAGACUCUUUCUAUGUUCUAAAGUACAGUCCUGAUGCUGUUACCAAGGCAAAGGAAACAAAGGAAGGACUGUCUGAGGAUGGAGUUGAAGAUGCAUUUGAUGUGUUGGGAGAAGUACAAGAAGUAGUGAAAACUGGUGUUUGGAUUGGAGACUGUUUCAUUUACACCAACAGUGUUAAUCGUCUCAACUACUAUGUAGGAGGAGAGAUUGUAACUAUUGCCCAUCUUGACAGAACCAUGUACCUCUUGGGCUACAUUCCUAAAGACAGCAGACUGUAUUUAGGUGAUAAAGAACUUAAUGUUGUUUCUUAUUCACUAUUGCUUUCUGUCUUGGAGUACCAGACAGCUGUGAUGCGAAGAGACUUUGAGACUGCAGAUAAAGUUCUUCCCACAAUUCCUAAGGAACAUAGAACUCGUGUAGCACACUUUCUGGAAAAGCAGGGUUUCAAGGCCCAAGCCCUUGCUGUCUCAACAGACCCAGAACACAGAUUUGAACUGGCUCUGCAGCUUGCCGAUUUAAAGAUAGCAUACCAACUUGCCCAGGAAGCUCAGGUGUGUGCAUACAGUUCUUUUACCUCAUGUUGGACACAUGAACAGUGAAAAGAUAUACCACUU